UCGAUGUGAUCGAGUAACAUUUCAUUUUCUAUCAAAUUCCGAUAGCUGCUCUUCUCAAAAAAACAAAACAGGUAGUUUUUUACCCAUAUUAUUUUUGCCGAAAUGAGCGAGACUCAGCAUUUAACCACUGGUUCGAAAAAGCCUCUUUUCCCGGAUGAUGGGGUCUUGAAGUUGUACUCGAUGCGCUUUUGCCCCUAUGCACACCGUGUGCACCUGGUGCUGGACGCCAAGAACGUGCCCUAUCACAGCAUCUUUAUCAAUCUCCGCGAGAAACCCGAGUGGUUCCCGCAGGUAAGCAGCACCUCGAAAGUGCCUGCAUUGGAGCUGGUCAAGGAACCGGGAAAUCCCGUGCUGAUCGAGUCGCUCAUUAUCUGCGACUACCUGGACGAGAAGUAUCCGGAGGUGCCGCUGUACCCCAAGGAUCCGUUGAAGAAGGCCCAGGAGAAGAUCUUGAUCGAGCGCUUCGGGCAGUUCAUCACCGCCUUUUACCGGCUGGUGCUUCACGACAAUCCCGACCAGCUGAGCGACACCGAUCACUACGCCGGAUUGGACAUAUACGAGGAGGAGCUGAAGCAGCGCGGAACCCAGUUUUUCGGUGGCUCCAACCCGGGAAUGCUGGACUACAUGAUUUGGCCCUGGUGCGAACGUUUUGCCUCCUUAAAGUUCACCAUUGGUGAUAAUUUCGAGUUGAAUCCGGAUCGCUUUGCCUCAUUGCUUAAGUGGCGCGACUUGAUGCUCCAGGACCGUGCCGUCAAGUGUUUCUAUCUGGAUGGGCAGAUCCAUGCCAAAUACAUGAGUUCCCGUCGAGCGGGCAACGCCGACUACAAUAUGUUAUACAACGCAGCCAAGCGUGCUAAAUUGGAGUAGGCAUCGGGAUAAUGAUUUACAGACCCCAGCAUUUAGUGUACAUAUUAUGGAGAUUAAUUUUAAAUGUACAUAUACAUGGCAGCAUUAUUGUGAUUGAAGAAUAAACACUGAUUUAAACAGUUUAAAAA